AAAAUGCGCAUGCGCACUAGUACUAUUACUGAAGUGCAGUGUCUGUGUACUGACGGCAUAUUUCAACAGAAACAUACGAUAUUGGUGAAGAAAACGACAGUUUUUGUUGUCUUUGCAAGUCUAAGUAGGCCUAUGCAUCAUUCUCUCAAUGAAAGUCAAAUGUCCGGAGUAGGCCACAUGGUUUCAAAGAGCAACGUUGCCAACGCGGCCUAUCCAACCUCGUCGUCCCCAGUACGCGCCCACCACUACCUGCUCUCUCACCCUGAUUCAGGCCUCCUGAGCAACCGUGUUUUUACUCAAAGGCAUAUACACAUAUGUAAUGGCUGGUGCUGGUGCUCAUCGAAAUUUGAAUGGACGCCUGAACGGACAGUUUAAUGGUCAGUUGAAUGGACAAGUAAAUGGUCAAUUGAACGGAAUUCCUCAGCAGCAACAGCAACAGCAGCUGCAACAACAACAGCAACAACAGCAACAGCAACAACAGCGGCAACAGCCACAACAGCAGCCACAGCAGCAGCAGCAGCAACUGCCACAUCUACAGCAGUGGGCCUUGCCAUUGGCACCAUUGCAACCUACUCAACCACCAGGUAUACCAACAGUUAGACCGCGAGGGGAAGCUGUGCCCUACAACUGGCAGUCUUCUAAGACAUCGGUCAAGGAGCGCUUUGCAUUCAUGUUUAACAAUGAGAUCCUGAGCGAUGUCCACUUCCUUGUAGGUAAGGGGAUCAAUACCCAACGGAUCCCCGCCCACAAGUUUGUCUUGUCCGUCGGGAGUGCCGUCUUUGAUGCCAUGUUCAACGGAGGGAUGGCCACCACAUCCAAUGAAGUAGAGCUACCCGACGUUGAACCUGCUGCAUUUCUGGCUCUGCUGAGAUUCCUGUACUCCGACGAGGUACAGAUUGGCCCAGAGAGUGUCAUGACCACACUAUACACCGCCAAGAAGUACGCCGUCCCAGCAUUAGAAUCAGCUUGUGUGGAGUUCUUGAAGAAGAACCUAAGUGCAGACAAUGCAUUCAUGCUACUCACCCAGGCACGUCUCUUUGAUGAACCACAACUUGCGAAUCUCUGCUUGGAAACGAUCGACAAGAACACCGCAGAAGCUCUUCAAGCUGAAGGCUUCACAGACAUUGACCUUGACACGCUGAUCAACGUCCUGGAGCGUGACACCCUGGGCACACGCGAGAGUAACCUCUUCAAUGCGGUAUCCAGAUGGGCAGAACAUGAAGCCGUGCGACAGCAGUAUCCAGCCACACCAGAGAAUAAACGCAAAGUACUGGGCAAUGCCCUGAAGCUGAUCCGCUUUCCAUUGAUGACUGUUGAGGAGUUUGCUAGUGGGCCUGCUCAAUCUGGGAUUCUGACAGACAGGGAAGUUGUCAGUCUCUUCCUACACUUCACUGUGAACCCCAAGCCAUCUACCGAGUUUCCCUCCAACCCAAGGUGCUGUCUGAUAGGCAAGGAGCAGACUGUUAGCCGGUUUGUGCAGGCAGAGAGUAGAUGGGGCUACAGCGGCACUAGUGACAGGAUAAGAUUUCAAGUAAAUAGACACAUUUUUGUGGUUGGAUUUGGGUUGUAUGGUUCCAUCCAGGGCCCUGCUGAUUAUACUGUCAAUAUUCAGAUACUGCAUGGUGAUACUGAGGAUGUGCUGGGCCAGAAUGACACAGGAUUCAGCUGUGAUGGCUCCGAGACCACCUACCGAGUCAUGUUCAAAGAACCCAUCGAAAUACAACCUUCUGUCAGCUACAUUGCCAGUGCUACACUUAAGGGCCCAGAUUCCCACUAUGGCACCAAGGGAAUGCGCAAGGUGGUCCACGAGUCUGUGUCGAGCGGCAAAGUGGUGUUCCAGUUCACAUAUGCGUCUGGCAACAACAACGGAACGUCAGUGGAAGACGGCCAGAUUCCAGAGCUCAUCUUCUACACAUGACCAAAAAAGCAGAAACUGUACGUUCGUAAUUUCAAUAACUCGUGUAAAAAAACAAAUACUUGUAAAUAAUAUCUAAGACUUGUAUGCACUAAAAGUUUGGCAAGCUUUGCCUUCAUAAUGCGUAUAUUUAACAAUUGUUGAUUGCUCUUGAUAUGGGAUAUUGCAUUUUCUAACACCUGAGGGGCGCAUAUUUGCCUCAGGUGCUAUGUGCCCAGAGGGGGUUAAUUUAAAAACGCCAUUAUCCCACAUCAAAAAUUGUUUUGUUAUAGUAUGCCAGUAACUAAAAAAGAUUAAGGCUCGUAACUUACUUUGCCAGAUAUAAAUUACAUCACUGCAGUGUAAUUUUUGAUAACUGCGUGCUUUCCUGCCGGACAUGAGACGGAGAGAAUACGCUUCUGUCGCAGGACACGCGACAAGCCCUACAUGUGGUACACGCGCGCAACAUGGAGGUAAUUUAUAUGCAUAGCAGUGUCAAUGAGGUACAUGUAAACUAUAUGCAAUGCAGUAAAUGGUUAUCAAGUAAACGGUUAUUGCUAUGGACUGGACCCGUGACCGUUCAGUUCUAGACCAGUGAAAUUACAGUAUCUGAAGACAUGAUAUAUUAACAAUGUUAGUUAUCCCACAAGCGCGAGUGGAACUCAGAAUUAUGCAGUGCGUCUGUGCUUCAUAUGCAACGAGGUCCAAGGAACAACUAAGUUAUCUUCAAACAAACUUGAUACACAGUUAAGAUGGAACACGCACACUGUACACAAACUUUUCAGUGGUUAUCCUAUUGCAUGUACGUGCAGCAAGAAUGGCGUGGGCAUCUUAGAGUAGCGUGGUAUGCGGAGUGGGAGAUGGACCAUGGUAUGGGAUAAUAUCACACUGUUGCGAUGGAUCAACCAAUCAGGAUCGAGGAUUUAACUUUGCUUGAAGAUACAUACAUACAACUGUAUGCGGUUGAAUUCUCUGCGUUGAAAAGCUGUCAAAAUACAAUUAAAACUUCUGUUGAGAACAGAGUUAUGUGUUGAUAUAUAAUGACACUGGCAGGCAUUAUAUAAUGACACUGGCAAGCAUUUACACAGUGUCUUGUGUUUUGGAAACUUUAAUUAAUUUAAUGGGACCGGUGCUGUGACAUUAGUGGUUAAUUGUUUAUCCAGAAAAUCAUGUUUGAUGUAUAAACGUAAUAAUUAUGUAGACAUUGAGAUGAAAUGUCUAAAUGAUGAGUUCUGCAGUGGUAUUAUUUAAAUAUUUAGGACCUUUUAAAACUCGGUUGAAUUUUUGUGUAUGAUGAACAGUUUGGAAUAAAUGGUGGCUUUAGAAAAUAUAAAAUACUUCACGCCGUUUAAAAAAUGGUUACGACCUGGUAAAGGGAACCAGUUAUGUCGGCCGUGUUUCAGCAGUGCAUACCCAGUGGGUACACAACCGAAGGGGAAAAAACAAUCAAGCUAUUUUUGUUGUUAAUACUUCAUUUUUGUUUCUGAUUGUAGUAAACAUUGAUGGGGAAAAUCAACAUGUAGGCAUAUUUUUAACCUAAAAGGGAAAGUAUAUUGAGGUUUGAAAAAAAAAAUGCAUGAACCCAUACAUUAUACAUGUCAGUUAAAAAAAACCACCAUAUUUGAGUCUAUUGCUUUUAUUUGGUUUGAAAUGAUUCUAAUGUAUAGAAAAAAACUGAAUGGUGAAAGCAAGAUUGUACUUUUUUUCACACCUGUAAAUGUAUUUGAUAAAAUACAUGUAUGCUAAUUGAAUUAUCUGUGUUUUAUUAGACUUAAGUGUUACAUAUUUUGUGAAAUGCCAAAAUACAUCUCUUACUGCAGAUCCUACUGUCUGAAACGAUGAGUGUAACCUUGAAGAAGGUUGGUUUCUCUGAUCACUAUUAAGAUAAGUAACGCCAUGGCAGACAGAGACACUUGGCACGACAUUGUCGAAAGCAUUUCGGCUGCGGCCGAAGGAUGAUGAUGUGUUAAGAUAUCUGUAAAUGUUUUAGCGUGUGCUUCGUUUGUCAAUGAGCAACUCUGAUGUACAUGUACCGGUACAUGUCAUUUGCAUUAUUUACACAGAUUUUGGUUUGAAGUGUUACCUUUGGAUAUAUGUUUACCUAUAUGUUUAUCCAGACUUUGGCAAGGCCAAUUAAAUUAGCAUGUGGAAUA